AUGGCUAAGGCCAAGCCUAAGGCCGCCGCCGCAAAAGCCAAGACGGCGGUUCUGGCGGCCCAAAUGAAAGCAAAGCCGAAAAAGCCUAAUCCCUUUGAGCUAAAAGGCUCUAAAGGGCAUUUCGACACUAUCGGCAGGAGGGUCAGCGGCAAGAAGCAGAACGUUAUCCAGGCCCGGCAAGAAGCCGUCAAUCGAAGGAAAAAGACCCUGCUGGUAGAGUACCGACAGCUUCGGAAGGCUAACACGUUCAUCGAUCGACGCUUUGGCGAGACUGAUCCCGAGCUUACAGAGACUGAUAAAGGCAUCGCAAGGCUGCAAGCGCAGCGCAUCCAGGAGGAGCGCAAAAAGAAGAAACGCGGUGCCAAGUUCACCUUGAGCGACGCUGAUGGCGGAGAGGGUGGGGACGGAGAGGGUCUCACCCAUCUGGGUCGGUCCCUCGCGGAUGACAUCAAAGACCUAAUGGAUGUAGCUGGCUUCUGGAAAGGGUUUGCAUUGCAACUGCUGUCGUUGCUGGACAUACGACAGGGUUCUUUGCCGAAUGGUGGUGACGCUUUAUGUUUUUUUGCUUGUCCUCGGCCGGAGUUUGAUGACCUUGACGAGGAAAUGGUGGAGGACCUUGUGGCGCAAUACCAUUUCGGAGGUGGAGCUGCCGAGGAGCAGGGCGGCGAUGGCGCGCGAGAGGGUGAUGCGGUCCGAGGGUCAGACGGCAAGCCCAAGACACGUAAGCAGAUUAUGGAGGAAAUUAUCGCCAAGAGCCGCAUGUAUCGGGCUCUGAAGGCCAAGCAGCGAGAGGAGGACGAGGCCGCCCUUGAUGCUGUCAAUGAGGAGUUUCGGGAGCUGGUGCGCUCGGCGGCACUCACCCGUCUUAUCAAGGCGCCCGGGGAGAACAAAGGCAUCAAGGUGAAGGCUGAUAACCCGGAGGACGCUGCCUACGACGUGGCGGCUCGUGAGCUGGCGUUCGAGUCCAAGGGAGCUGCUGGGGAGCGCACCCUCUCCCCCGAGGAGCUCCUCGAAAAGGAGCGACAGCGGCUGGAGAAGUUGGAGAAGGAGAGGCUCAAGCGCAUGCGGGGCGAAGAUGAUGAUGAGGAUGGCAGCGAGGAUGAAGAGGAAGCCGGUGAAGAAGAUGAGGGUGGGCGGCGCAAGCGGCGUCGAGAGCUGCCAUCGGGUGACGCACUUGGGGACGAUUACGACUCGGAAGAUGACGGAGAGGAGGACGAGGAUGUGGAUGAGGAAGAUAUUAACAAGGUUAAAAAUCCCAAGGCAGUUUCGGAGCUGGAGAAGCGGCGCAUGAUGGCGGCUGCGGGGAACCAUCCACUGCAGGAAAGUUUCCGUGCCGCGGCGGCUGCCCUGGCGAAGAAGUACGGCGUAGAGGCAGCCAAGAAUCCCUACCUUGAAGGUGAUGAGGAGGAGGACGAAGGCGAAGACAGCGAGAGUGAGGAAGGGGAGGAGGAUGAAGAAGGGGAGGAGGACGAGAGUGAAGAGGCUGAUGGCGGUACCGAGUCAGGGAGCUCUGAAGUGGAAGGCGAGGAGGACGAGAGCGCAGAUGAGGAAGAGGACGACGACGCUAUUGAAGAGCAGCUGAUGCAGCGACGCAACCCCGCCCAUCCGGCCUCCACCUCGCGCCCGGGAGACGACGGCACCGGCGAAGCCAAGAAGACCAAGGCCCGCUCUACCGACAACGCCCAACCAAACACAUCAGCAAAAAAGGUCUCCAAGUCUACCGCUGUCGCAACGACAACGUCCAAAUCCUUAGAUGGGCCUCUUGACCUGCCGUACACCAUACCGUUGCCAUCUACGUACAAUGAGUUUGCGGCGCUGGUGAAUGGCCGCCCAGCUGAGGAUCUUCAUACUGCAAUCAGCCGUAUCCGGACUUUCAAUGCGGUGGCUCUGGCUACGGAUAACAAACGAAAGAUGCAGGAAUUUUACGGCAUUCUCGUACAGCACUUCGCAAUUGAGGCGGGCAAGUCGCCCUUGCCUGUCUCCUCUCUGGAUGUCUUGACCCGCGUUCUCCUGGAGCUGGCGCCAGAGGUGCCGUACUACGCCGCCACGGUUGCCCGUGCGCGCCUCGGCCGCAUGGCGGACCAGCUGACUGCAGCCCUGGCGGCACUCGGCGGCGCGGUGGCGCGCGAAGCCGCCGGUACUGCUGCUGCGGCGGCGGCGGUAGCAGCUGCUGAGGCGGCUUCGCCGUGGCCGUCUGCACGUGUGGUGUUGCAGCUGAAGCUGUUUACGAUGCUAUUCCCGACAAGUGAUCGGCGGCAUCCGGUACUUACACCUGCAGCUCUAUUGGUUGGCAAGUACCUGAAUCAAUGUGUGGUCAGUAACGCCCACGAGGCGGCCGUGGGGCUGUGUCUGUGUGGCCUGAUGACCCACAUGGCUGCACCCGCACACAGAACCACGCCGGAGGUGCUCGUCUUCCUUCGCGACUGUUUGGCGGCGUUCCAGCCCUUAGGGUUAGAACAGCAGCGGUCAUCAGGGGCAUCAGCGCAGACCCGGCAUGCUUCGGCAUCGCCCUCGGCCAAGAAGCGGAAAGGCGAUGACCGCGGCGUCGAACCUAUCCAGCAGCAGGAUCCAGACACGUUUGUGCGGUUUGCUCCUGGGCUGUUAUCACUGUGGGGCACAAAGCCGGCGGCAGAUUCACCUCCCCCGUUGGAAUUCUACGGCGUGCUUGGCAUGUCUGCCAGGCACCCACGUGUCGGCAGCGAUGCCUUCAAGCUGGGUUUGCUCCGCGUUGCGCUGCACAGCGUGAGGCGUGUGGCGAUGCUGGCAUCGGAAACAGGGUUGGUGUGCUUUGAGCAGCUCUUUGCACCGUUGAAGUCUGUGGUUUUGGAGCUCCAGCGAAUAGACCGAGCGCUACCGGAGGAGCUUCGAGCUCUGAGGGCAUCCGUGCUGAAGCAGCUGUCUGACGCCACGGUGUCCUGCGUGGCAUCUCGGCGGCCGUUGGUGCACACCGCCAGGGCCCAAGCUGCCGCCGCUGCCGCGGGCGUGGUUCCAGCUGCUGCGGUCCGCGAGUUCAACCCGCGUUUCGAGGACGGAUUUGUCGCAGGUCGCGACUACGACCCCGACCGCCAGCGGGUCGAGGCCAGGCGGCUUAAACGGGCGCUGGUCAAGGAGCGACGCGGUGCCAUCCGUGAGCUUCGUCGUGAUGCGGUGUUCAUGGCGGAGGAGCGAGACCGGGAAACCGCCCGAGUGGACGCAGAGCGCCUCGAGAGCGAGCGGCGUUUCUACUCGGAGCUGCAGCGCCAGGAGGCGGAUCUGCGUAGCGGCGGGCAGGGGGGCAUGAAUCCGCACUUGCGGAAGAAAAAGGGGGGCAAGCGGUGAUGACGGCCGGGAUGGCCGUGUAAGGAAGAAUGGGAGACAGGUGAUCACCUUGGGCCGAACUCGGAUUGGAGGAUUGUGGCUGCAAGGUAGCGAUCGAUGCUGGGCGGAGCAAUAAUGCAUAUCUGCACCAGCGGGCCGAACAACAACCGACGUGUUGCGUUGCAAACGUUAAAUGACCUUCCGUCAAGGCAGCUUUGUAACAUGCCGAAGAAGCG